AUGGGCAUGGCCCCUUGCAUAGGGGUUGGGGUUGGGCCGCGCCGCGCCGAGGAGGAGGAGGAGCGGGAGGCGGUGACGGACGGGACAGAAGGCGCGGGUCUUGCUGGGCGGCCGCCUGGUUCCCGGGUCUUGUUGGGCGGGCGCGGGCGCGGGCCAUCCAUCAUCGCCUUCCGCGUGGUUCUUUUGGCUGCCUCCGUCGUCCCCACCGCGGGUCGUGGGGUUGAGGUGAAGGUCCUGCUUCGAAUCUCGUGGGAUGGGAUACUAAGUGUUGGGAUCGCUGCGCGAAAUACGGCGUUAGACGUAGACCUCCUAACAGCAAAGCAAUCAUUUGGCAAAGGCACACCGACCGUACUCAUCAUCUACAUGCCCACAUGGCAUUUAGGGCCAGCAAGAUUCAGUUUCUCAUCCGUCCCUCCAGCAUGCAUUGCUGUGGUGGGCAGCAAAGCUACAAUGCUGACCAGAUCCCUCUGUGGCUCUGUUCAUGAUUAUGUGAGAAUUCCAUCAUCCAUUAAGCCACUGAUAAGGGUUGUGGGGGUAGAGGACGAGACCAGCAGUGCUGCCUGUUGGUUUGGUUUCCAUAUCCAUGCCAAGGAUACUGCCAAGAGCUCUCCAAAUUCGACUCAGUCGCCGGAGAUCACAUCGAAGGAAUUGGAGGACGAUAACAAUGUCAAGGUGAAGGUAUUGAGUGAGAGGCUAUCAUCUGUAGUUCUGAAUAUCCGUGCGAAGGAUGAUCUCGUGAAGCAGCAUUCCAAAGUUGCAGAGGAGGCUGUUCUAGGAUGGGAGAAGGCCGAGAAGGAGAUCGCGUCACUGAAGGCGCAGCUGAACGCUGCAACGGCCAAGAACUCCUCACUGGAGGACCGGCUCGUCCACCUGGACGGCGCCCUCAAGGAAUGCGUCCUGCAGCUCCGGCGCGCCAAGGACGAUCAGGACCAGACGGUGCAGGACGCGCUAGCACAGCAAGCGCGGCAUUGGGAGUCCCACAAGGCCGACCUCGAGCUGCGCAUCGUCGAGCUCACGGCGAGGCUGGAGGCCAAGUCCGAGCGCUCGGUGGCCGCCACCGACAGCGACACCGGUUCCAGGCUAGCCGCCGUAGAAAGGGAGAACUCGGCGCUGAAGGUGCAGCUGCUCGCCAAGACGGAGGAGCUGGAGCUCAGGACGAUCGAGAAGGAGCUCAACCGGCGGGCUGCGGAGACGGCGAGCAAGCAGCAGCUGGAGGGCAUCAAGAAGGUGGCCAAGCUCCAAGCUGAGUGCAGGAGGCUGCAGGCCGCGGCACGGAGGCCCUCCGUGAACGUCGAGCUCAGGCGUUCUCCGAGCUCGGCCGGCGCCGAGUCGGUCACGAACUGCCAGUCCGACUGCUCCGACUCAUGGGCCUCGGCCCUUAUCACCGAGCUCGACCAGUUCAGGAACGACAAGAGCGGCGCGAGCACCAGGACCGGGAGCCUCGCGACCGCGGACAUCGGCGUCAUGGACGACUUCCUCGAGAUGGAGAAGCUCGCCUCCGCGAACGGCUCGUCGAAAGGCGACGCCAUCGAGGACGCGAGCGGGCAGCUGGCGAAGCUCGAGGAGAAGGUCAGGAAGCUGGCAGCAGAGAAGGCCGAGAGGGAGAAGGCCCUGCACGAGGCUCAGCGAGAGCGGAGGACUAGCCGCCACCGGGUAACGGUGGCAGAGGAGAAAUCAGCCGAGCUACAGCGGCAGCUGAACCUUGCCAAUGGCGAGAAACACGCCAUGGAGGCCGAGGUGGAAGCUGCUGAGGCGAAGAGGGGAGAGCUUGAGGGCAAGCUCGAGCUCGCCCGUGCCGAGAUCGCGGGCUUGCUGGACAAGGGACGCAUCCUGGAGGAACGGCUCGAGUGUGAGAAGGCGCUGACACUUGAGCUCGCAGCCAAGUACCAGGACAUGGAGGCGCUGGAGGCAGAGAAGAGGGAAUUGAGUUCUCAGCUGGAGACGUCACGGUCCGAAGCCAAGAAGCUCAGCGACAAGAUCACCCUGAUGGAGAGGAAACUGGAGGUGGAGAAGGCCUUGUCGAUCCGUCUGGCGACGAAAUGCCAUGGCAUUGAUGCUCUGGAAGCAAAGAAGAAGAGCGUCGAGCUCGAGCUGGAGUCGGCACGCGAGGAAAUCGCUUCGCUGCAAAAGAAGGCUAGUAGCUUGGAACUGCGAGUCGAGGAAGAGAAAGCGUCGGCUGCGGAACUCGCAAUGCGGUGCCAAGAACUGGAGGAGCUUCGAUCCCAGCUGGAGUCUUCAAAUUCACGGAUCGUUGAGCUGAAUGAGAAGGUUAAAAUGCUCGAGGACGUGAUCGAGAAACAGAGGCCAGUGACGGUGGAAUUGGAGUCUCAGCUUCAGUCGAGGCACGCUGAAAUCAGUAGCCUGAAGGAGGAUAUGAGCCUGUUGCAGAAGAAGCUGGAGAGCCAGAAGAACCUGUCAUCAGCUUACAUAUCUGCACUGGGUGCUUCUGAAACUGAGAAGAAAGAACUGGCUAGUCGGUUCGAACUCAGAGAGAAAGAAGCCAAGGAAUUACGUGGGAAGAUGAGCUUGCUGGAGGAACAGAUCCAUAAAGAGAGGGCACAGUCAUCCGAGUUUGCGGUAAAAUGUCAGAAGAUGGAAGAACAGAUCUCCUGCAGAUCACUUCUUGGCCACCAACUAGUGAAAUAUGUGGCAAUCAAAGAUCUUCAGAUCAGAAAGGAGACAGAUCUGGCCAAGGCUGCAGGGAAACUGGCCGACUGCCAGAAGACGAUAGCUUCACUGAGCAGCCAGCUGAAAUCCCUGGCAGAUUUCGAUGAAUUCCUCCCUGAAACCGAGACCAGUGGCGCUGACUCAGCCGACGCCUGGGACAGCGAUCUGAAGCUGCUCCAUCCUGCAACUGCAAGUUAUCCCACGCAGAUUGGUUGUUUGGCAGUCACAUGA